AUGGUGUAUUUCGAGUGCGGAUUGUGCAACGAAACGGUCAAAAAACCCAAGCUGGCACAGCACUUGCAAAGAUGUGGGAGUUGGACGGUGAGUUGCAUCGAUUGCUCCAAGGUUUUCGCUUGGGACGAGUGGCAAUCACACACUAGCUGUGUAUCAGAAGCACAGAAGUAUCAGGGGAACCUUUUUCAAGCCAAAGAGAGCAGCAACAAAGGGCAGCUGAAGCAAGAUUCUUGGGUUGAUGGCGUACGGCGAGCAAUCGAAGAUCCACAAACGGACGUUGCUCCACAGAUAAGGAGCUUGGUGCAGAAGUUGCUGGGCUUUGACAAUAUCCCUAGAAAGCAGAAGGCCUUUGGUAACUUCGUCAAGAACUCCCUGAAGGUCUGGGAUGAGUCCAAGAUUGAUGCCAUGUGGAAUGUUAUAGCCGCUGCAAACUCCAAGCCGGUUGACGCAAAGCCAUCUCGACAUGCGGCAACCGAACCGGCGAAGACGCCGAAGGCGAAAGCUUGGCCAGGUUGGAAGCGUGCAAUUGAUGAAGAACUGACCUCGGGCGCGAUGCCCUGGAAGCGUCUGUGCGCACGUGUCGUUGAACGAUAUCGUGAGAGUGGCCAUGCUGGUGACAAUGAUGAGCUUGAACUGAAGGCCCUGAGCAGCAUUCCCGAGGGAGAGCCUGCCCUGUUUUGCUGUCAUGCUCUGCACCAGCUGCUCGGCUGGACUUGGCUGCACGAGGGUGCACGCCAAGCGUUCGCGUGCGCGGUCUUAUUGCAGAUCUGCUCAAGCUCGUGUUUGAAAGCUGUCCGCCUGUCAUCCUUGCUGCGUGGUUUCGGCUUGUGUCCGGUCGAGAUCUCAAAACAGGAGUCGAAGUCUGCAAUUUCGUUCCUCAAGGCAGCGUACAGAGACAAAGCCAAGGAGCAGCACCCUGAUCUAGCUCCACGUGAUGAACAAGCUGAAGCUGAGAAGAAGUUUGUGAAACUCAGCACAGAGUUCAACGAGGCCCUCAAGCUCCUUGAAGCAGGAGUUCAGCCUGUAGAGCGGGCACGAGUGGUCGACUUGAAUCCAGGUGCGCAAACUGGUGCUGCGCAUGUGUCGUGGCACCCGCACUUCCAGUCUGCCGAUUGGCGUACCGUGAAUCGACAGUUUACGCAUUCGGAGCAACCGAAGUUUGAUACCUAUACUCGGGUGAAGGGCCAUCUAAUUGUUUGGAGCAGCGCAUUUAUUUUCUUGAAUCUUUUGAGGGAAUUUCUUGUGGGCACCGCGGGCGGAAUGUGGGCCUGGCAUCCGCCGCAAGAUUUGAACCCUUUCUGGGUGCGAAGAUAUAAUGGUUCUUGGUCGGACAAGGACAAGCCCGAGUCCGAAAAGAGAGAGCAGCAACCCGCUGGACCUCCUCAGUUGAAGCGUGAGAAAGACCGCCCAGUGUCGGACUUCUAUGCCAAGCGACACGUCAGUAAGGUGCGGAAGAAGUACUCUCCAAGAGGUCAUGGACCGAGCCUUUGA